UGAUGACAAUAACUACAGGGAGGAGAAGUUAAUCCAAUUUGUCGUUACCCAAAACUGCCUUCAAUUUGAAUCCGUUAUGCAGGCAGCACCGGCGGACACUCCUGUAAAGAAAACCGGAAACUCGAUGAUGAGGAAGAAGUAGUGAAGCAGCCCAGCUAUCCAGCCCAACUUUGGCAAAAGUUGUAUUGUCGUGAUUUAUAAAGAAUACAGUCCUGCAAAAAUCUUAACAAUGUCUGGAUCAUCCAGCAUCGUAGCGAUGAAGAAAGUUGUACAACAGUUGCGCCUGGAGGCUGGCAUUCACAGAGUUAAGGUGUCCCAGGCCGCAGCAGACCUGCAGCAGUUCUGCCUCCAGCACGCCCAGCAGGACCCUCUGCUCUGCGGCAUGUCGUCCAGCAACAACCCGUUCAGACCGCAGAAAGUCUGCUCCUUUCUAUAGCACCGACACACCGAGCGACACUUCUGCCUCUGUUUUGGACAUUGUGUUGCCUUGUUGGAACUGGACUGCAGGACCGGCGCUGUGGACUGGAAUAGCCUCAGCAGCGUUUGUGAAUAUGGGGACUAGGAACUAACUAGUCAGUUUUUUGUACUUAUGCCUUUGUAAAAUCUCAUAUGGAAACAUUUCCAGGUGCUUAUGUGGCCAGAUAUUAGUCUUAACCUACUUGCUUUGAAGUAACUAACCCACAUCCACACAUGUGCCUUUUGAAUUGUACAUUUUUCAUUCCUGAUUGAGAAUAUAUUAUAUUUCCACAUUUUAAACUUGCACCAACAUGUAUUAUUAAAAUUUGUAUAUUCAAUUUGA